UGUUACAUCUCUCUAUAUAACCCAAAACCAGAUUUCUGCAUCUUAUCCUAAUCUCUCCCUCCCAGAAGCUUCAAGCCUUCAAACAUGGCUUCCCCUCUGAAAUCCGCCGCCACCCGGCUUUCGCUUGCCAUGGAGAGAACCGGCCAAUGGGUUUUCUCUCAAGAAAUUCCCACUGAUGUUAUUGUUGAAGUCGGGGAAGCCAGUUUUUCCCUUCACAAGUUUAUGCUUGUGGCGAAGAGCAAUUAUAUAAGGAAAUUGAUUCUGGACUGUAAAGAAGCUGAUUUAACGAGGAUAAAUCUGUCCGGGAUUCCCGGCGGCCCUGAGAUCUUCGAAAGGGCGGCGAAAUUCUGCUACGGAGUGAACUUUGAGAUCACUGUACAUAACGUGGCGGCUCUGCGUUGCGCCGCCGAGUUUCUUCAGAUGACGGAAAAGUACUGCGACAACAACCUCGCCGGUCGGACCGAGGAUUUUCUGUCGCAGGUGGCCCUGUCUAGCCUUUCCGGCGCCCUUGUCGUGCUUAAAUCCUGCGAGGAUCUUCUUCCCCUCGCCGAAGAUCUCAAAAUCGUGCAGCGAUGCGUGGAAUUAGCAAGUGCAAAGGCGUGCGUGGAGGCGAAUUUUCCGAGCAGGUCGCCGCCGAAUUGGUGGACGGAGGAGCUAACGAUUCUAGACGUGGCGUUCUUCGCCAAAAUUAUCGCAACGAUGAGGUCACGUGGCGCGAAGCCGUUAACGAUAGCCAGCGCCAUAAUAACGUACGCGGAACGGUCCCUCCGGGACCUCGUACGAGACCACUCAGGCAACGGCACGAAGUCGAUGGUACCGGAGGCGGAGGAUUCCGACGUCAGAAUCCGGCAACGGGACCUUCUCGAGUCGAUCGUGACCCUCUUGCCGCCGGAAAAGGCGGCGUUUCCGAUAAACUUCCUAUGUUGUCUCCUCAGAACGGCGAUCUUCCUCAGAGCCGCCACCGGGUGCAAAAACGAGCUGGAGAAGAGGGUAUCGGCGAUCCUCGAGCACGUGACGGUGGACGACCUGCUGGUGUUGUCGUUUACCUUCGACGGCGAGAGGCUGUUCGAUUUGGAGAGCGUGCGGAGGAUUAUCUCCGGGUUUGUGGAGAAGGAGAAGAGCGUGGCGGUGUUUAACGGCGGCGAUUUCAGAGAAGUUUGCUCGACGGCGAUGCAGAGAGUUGCCAAGACCGUGGAUGCUUAUCUGGGCGAGAUUGCCACUCACGUUGAGCUCAGUAUUUCCAAGUUUAAUGGAAUUGCAAAUUUAGUCCCUAAGGGUGCAAGAAAGGUUGAUGAUGAUCUCUACAGAGCUAUCGAUAUUUACUUAAAGGCUCAUCCCCAGCUUGACGAGAUCGAAAGAGAAAAGGUGUGCAGCGUAAUGGAUCCACUAAAACUCUCAUAUGAAGCUAGGGUUCACGCUUCCCAGAACAAGCGUUUACCGGUGCAGAUAGUCCUCCACGCCCUAUACUACGAUCAGCUCAAAAUCAGAAGCGGCGCAGAAGACCCAAAGAGCACCCCAAACGCCAUUGCAACGAGGAACCAGUUACAAGCCGACGUUACAUUGGUGAAGGAGAACGAAGCGUUGCGAACAGAGCUAUUGCAGAUGAAGAUGUUCAUAGCCGAUAUGCAGAAUAAUAAGGGGAGUCAAGGGAGUUCUGUUAAAGGGAGUAGUGCGAGUGUGAGGAAGCCCACGUUCUUUUCAUCUAUGUCUAAGAAGUUGGGGAAGUUGAACCCUUUCAAGCAUGGAUCUAAGGACACUUCCAAUUUAGAUGAUGGCGUUGUGGAUAUUACCAAGCCUAGGAGAAGGAGAUUCUCCAUUUCUUAAAAAUGUAUGUAUGAUUAGUUGCAUUCGUUGUGGUGUGUGAUUUAAUUUGUGCAUAGGUUUGUUAGUAUUAUUUUUUGUUGCAUUUGGAUUGGGUUGUGACACUUUUACUAUUAAUCAAAUUAUUGUUAUUGUAUAAUCAAAUUGGUUAUCAUAA